AUGGGUUUCUUCAGUUCUGUUGGAUCCUUCUUCACCGACACGAUCCCCGAUGCCUUUUCCAGAGACGGCGCCGUGACCCGAGUAGCGGAGUCGAUCCCGGUAGUUGGCCACGUCACCGCCGGCAUCCAAGCAGCGGCCGGAAAUACCGAACACGCCAAGAGAGCAGUCGCGAAAGCCACGGGUUCGCUGGCCACCGCCGCCGGAGCUGUGGGCGGCUUCUGCGUGGGCGGCCCCGUCGGGGCGGUCGCCGGCGGUGCUGCUGCCUCGCAGCUGGGCGCACUGAUUGAGCAUGGCCUCGCAAAGACCAUCGACGACGAAAAGGUCAAGGGCGAUACGGGAGACCUGUCCGCCAAGCGCCUCAUCACCGACGCGGUUCUCGGCGGAGCUGGCGGCCUGUUGGGCGGCGGCGGCGGCCAAGCCGCGAAGGCUGUUGGCUCGGAGCUCCUCAAGGAUGGGGGCAAAGAGUUGCUCAAGGCCGGCGGCAAAGAUGCCCUGGCCAAGUUGAUGAUGAAGGCAGGCGGGACGGCAUUGGCGACUGGCGUCAGCACGGCCGCUUCUCAAGGUCUCAAAGGGGUACAACCACCACCGCGAAGCCGCGGUGACCAAGACGAAGAACAAGCGGGCCGCGACGGUAAAGACAAGGGAAAGGGAAAGGAUGAGGACAAGGAAAAGCAAGGGGGUCCGCAAAAACCUCGGCUUGUUACCCAGAAGCAACAGGAUGCCGCGACCGUGUUCAUGACGUCGGCAAAAUGGGGAAUGGAGCACUUCCAGUGUACGGCAGUGUGCCAUCCCUUCGGCAAUGUGAGCCAGUUCACUGAGGGUUAUUGCAAGAAGGGACUGUUGUGGGCCACAACCUGGGAAUAUUAUGGCUUGGCAAGAAAGCUAUGGGAUGAGGCACGGCCUACCGUCAGACCGCAAGCGAUCGAACAACUUGGAAUCGCUAACGACUCGAAGAGAAUUGGGGAGCUCGACGAGGUGCUUCACUACUGCGAUACGUAUCUCCAUGAACUGGAGAGAAGGCUUUCCGUAGAUGAGUAG